AUGGUUGAGUGGACAGAAUUUGAGAGGACCACCAUCCAGGACAUCUUCUCCAAGAUGAACUACGAUGUCGUUGGUCAGCAAUCUCUGGCAAGAUGUCUUAUCGUUUACCCCUGGACCCAGCGGUACUUCGGCAAUUUUGGAAACCUGUACAAUGCCGCUGCCAUCAUGGGAAACCCAAUGGUUGCUGCUCACGGUAAAGUCGUGCUCCAUGGCCUGGACAGAGCCGUGAAGAACAUGGACAACAUCAAA